CACCUCGCUUCACCACUCAUCAUGGCAGCGCCAACGCAGCAUGUGCUCGUUCUUGGUUCUGGAUUCUGUGCCGGCCCCCUCGUGGUCUAUCUCUCGCAGCAUGGUUACGGCGUCAAGGUUGCGUCGCGGACUCUGGAGCGCGCCGAGAAGAUGAUUGCUGGUCUCGACAAUGUCGAGGCUCUCGAGCUCGACAUCACCCACGACUCUGCCGAGGCCCGCCUGCACGAGCUGGUGCCCGACGUCGACCUUGUUGUCUCGAUGCUCCCGUACAUCUACCACGUCAAGGCUGCCAAGGUCGCUAUUGCCCACAAAAAGCACUUUGCCACGACGUCGUACGUGUCGGACGCCAUGCGCGAGCUGGAAGCCGAUGCCAAGGACGCAGGCAUCAUUCUCCUCAACGAGUGCGGCGUCGACCCGGGCACUGACCACGCGUCGGCCAUGAAGAUUGUGCACGAGGUCCAGUCCAAGGGCGGCUACAUCAAGUCGUUCUCGUCGUACUGUGGCGGCCUCCCUGCUCCGCACUUUAACGACAAUCCCAUGGGCUACAAGCUCUCUUGGGCGCCACGCGGCGUCCUGCUCGCCGGCCGCAACACGGCCAAGUUCAAGAAGGACGGCGAAGAGGUGACCAUUCCCGGCGAAGACCUCUUCGACUCGUACGAGGACAUGCACGUGCCCGGCUUUGGCCCGCUCGAGGGCUACCCGAACCGCGACUCGACCCAGUACGAGGAGAUCUACGGCCUGACCGGCAUCCAGGACCUGGUCCGCGGCACCUUCCGCUACCCGGGCUGGUGCGCCACAAUCAAGAAGAUGGUCGACCUCGGCCUCAUGUCGCUCGAGGAAGACAACUCGCUGCCUGGCAAGCCGUACCCGGAGCUUGUCGAGAUGCUGGUGACCGCCAAGGGUGGCCCGUUCGACGCCGCCGACCCGGCCGGCUCGGUUGCCGGCGUCCUCGGCCUCGAGAAGGACUCGGUCAUCGUCAAGAAGAUGGCUUGGCUUGGGCUGUUUGACGCGUCCAAGCCCAUUCCGCCUGCCGGCAACACCCCGCUCGACGCCCUCUCCGCCCUCUGUGAGGAGCGUAUGCAGUACGGGCCAGGCGAGCAGGACUGCAUCGUCAUGCUCCACCAGUUCAAGGUCGAGUACGACGACGGCCGGAAGGAGCACAUCUCCUCGCGCCUCAUCUCGGUCGGCAAGCAGCCCGAUGGUGGCUCCGCUAUGGCCCGCACCGUCGCUCUCCCGGUCGCCAUCGCCAUCGACCUCAUCCUCCAGGGCGAGUUUAACGACCUGACCGGCAUCCAGAUCCCCAUCACCCCCCGUCUCUACAACCCCAUUCUCGAAGGCCUCGCCAAGGAGGGCAUCGAGUGGGAGGAGACCGUUGUCUCGGUUGUCCCGCAGCAGUCGUCGUCGACCGUGAACUCGGCCGCGCCCUCGCCGACUUCGUCGUAAUGCUCACAUACACACACACACACACACACACAC